UCGGAAACCAGGGACGCUUUUGGUUUUGAAUUUAGUCCGAAAUCCCUCGAUUAGAGAUACAAAAAAUAACCAAGAAAUGGUCUGAGCUAGAAGCAUUAGCAUGAUUAGUAUGACUACUCUUAGCGAAGAUAUAGAUUAUUUAGCUGUUGAGACUCAGUCGGAAAGUAAUGACGGGAGAGCUAGUGCAGCGACCUGGGAACAUGAAGAUUUAGCACAGGUGAAGAUAAGGGUGUUCCGAGGGCACACAGAUUCUGUGAAUUCCUGUAACUACAUCGACAAUGACACAAAAAUCCUGUCUGGGUCCUCAGACAAGUCGUCUCGUAUCUGGGACAUUGACACGGGGGAGUUAAAGCACCACUACACAGGGGGUCAUGAAGGGGCGAUCUCUGAGACUAGCAUCAAUGACAACAGUCGAAGGUUUGUGAGCUGUGGAUGGGAUAAGAAAGUCCAAGUUUGGGACGUAGAGACAGGAAAUAUUUUGUGGAUGGGGCGACAUGCUGGGAUUGUCACUUGCUGUAGGUUUUCUCACGACGGAAAACUCGUCAUCUCUGGCUCCGAUCUAGAUAACACACUGAAAAUCUGGGACGCUAACUCCGGAGAGCUCCUCCAGAACCUUCAAGACAUGCAUGAGAGCACCAUAACAAGUUGCGUAUUUGCUCCGGCGGAUGACAAAGUUGUAACAACUUCUAUGGACAGAACCUCCAAGUUUUACGAUCUCCGGUCAAACAAAGUCACCAUUCAGUUGGAAGGACAUGUCAACAUAAUUGCGGAUUGUGACAUCUCUUUUGAUGAGAGAAAGUUUGCUACAGCUUCCUGGGACAAAACCGUAAAGAUCUGGGAUGUGGCUACAGGAGCAUACAGGACCAGCGGCCCGGGCUGUCUCCAGGGAUCACACGAGGGCACGGUCAGCUGUUGUCAGUUCAGCCGGGACGGGCUUAUGCUGGUGUCUGGUUCCUAUGACAACACGGUAGUGGUCUGGGAUGUGGAUAAUGAAAUGCAAAAACUUCAGCUACAGGGUCAUGAUGAUUGGGUGAAUGAUGUGUGCUUUAGCACAGACCAAAAUAACAUCCUGUCUGCCUCCAAAGAUUGUACAAUCCGUAUGUGGAAUGUCCAGGAUACUGAAAAAAUUCCAGUCGUCCUGGAAAGGAAGAAAGCAAUGGGACUAAGUAUUAUGAAGUGUUCAAACUGUGGAAAGCCAUUUUCAAUUUCUCAGAUGGACAGUUUCCGUGACAACACUAUUUGUGUUUUUUGUCGUCUACAGAAUCGUGAGCAGGAAAUGAUAUCCAUCAUGAACUCUGUCAGAGUUGAUGAAGACUAACCCUCUGUGAUAUGAUAACUUUAUUUUCUUCAAUGUGUUACAUGUAUAUAAAAGUUAAUCUUUAAUAAAUUAUUGAACAGUCAGAUGAAAUAUU